CCCGCUGCUACCGUUAUCUUCCCCGAGCCUUUCUAUACCGCAAUUGAAACCCCUCCCUGAACCCGGCGUCGCCGACCCCCUCCUCUCUACAAUUCGCGUUUGCUAUAUAUUCGGACUAUUUUGUUCGCCACACACCGAACGCGCUGACCUCAGUCGCCGGGGAUUUACAACGCGCUCCUUACGCGUGAACCUUUGUAGGACUGGCCAUGGAUGACUACUUCCUGGUGGACAAUUCACCGCAGACCGAACCAGAGCAACAUCCUACCUCAAUGAAACGAAAGCGGUCGUCCGAACUGCUCCUUACGCCGCCGCUCCUGACUCCGCCGAUUUCGCACUGCGGCACCGAAAGUGAACGCGUAGUUAGUCGUGCCGUGAACGUCGUGUCGACGGCAGCGACUGCCCUAUCGCAAAUCUCGAUAUUAUACCAGAGCGACCAUGCAGCCAGCGAAGGGCUGGUACGGGCCGUGGAGAUCUUAACACGGGUGCAGGAAGACAAGGGGAAGCUCCUCGUCUGCGGUGUUGGCAAGAGUGGACUCGUUGGACAGAAGACUGUGGCUACAAUGAAGAGUCUGGGACUGGCAUGCUCGUUCUUACAUGCUUCCGAGGCACUGCAUGGUGAUCUGGGAGACCUAAGAUCCAACGACGCCAUCCUCUUCAUAUCCUACUCAGGGAAAACACCCGAACUUCUACACCUCCUCUCACAUAUCCCCCUGUCGACCCCUCUCCUGGCAAUCUCAGGUCACAAACAUCCUUCUGAAUGCCUUCUCCUGCACAAUCGACCCAAUGCGAUCCUUCUCCCCGCACCCAUCCACGAGUCCGAAGAGGAAUCUUUCGGCGUGAGCGCACCCACGACUUCCACAACCGUGGCGAUAUCGGUCGGCGAUAUGCUGGCUCUCACUCUGGCAGAUCAAAUAUAUCAGGACGACACCAAGAACGUGUUUCAGAGAAAUCAUCCCGGGGGCACCAUUGGCGCGAACGCCAGGCGGAAAAGCCUAGCACAAUCAGUGGAAGUGCCAGUUGCAAAGCGGACGAGAACGGAGACUACCGCAUUGCCGCCCUCACCCCCCAAAAGUGGACUUGGAGCAGAAUGAAUCCUGCUAGUUGUGUUAUCAUGCUUUCUUUCUCGACUUCAGCACGUAUCUUCAGCGUUCUGGGCGGCAUGCUGCGACGGCGUUGGUGCGAAUUUGGGGUACUUGUUUUGAUCACUUACGGCGCAUCUUCAACGGCUGAAUUAUAUACCGCGCACAUUCAGCGCCGCAGGGAGCGAGCAUUGUAAGCAGGUUAAUCAAAUAACGACAACAGCAUGCAACUGCACAUGCGAUUUUGCAAUCAUUUGGCUUCCAGGCAGAAAGGACCAGUGCGACGUCUUCCGAUAGCAGCACGGUGAGCGGCAGUUUCCUCAGUUGCGAUUGCCCAUUUACUAUAGUAUGACCGUUCCUUCUCCUUUGCGAGCGGUGUCAUCUAUCUACCUCUGCAGGAUUCUCAACCUGUCUUCUACACGCCACGUCGAUACCCC